GCUCCAUACAAACCACACCCAAACCUAAACCCUCCACAACUAAACACAAACAACGGCAAAAAACACUUCACCCAUCCCAUGGCCCACAUAAGCUCGCUCUCGGCGAUGUCACUCAUCGUCAAUAAAAUGGUUGGCACAGGCAUCUUCCUCACUCCGUCAAUCAUCCUCCAAUACUGUCAAGGUAAUGUAGGCCUAUAUCUCCUGCUUUGGGUGAUAGGCAGUUUGGUGAUCGCCUGCGGCAUUCUCAUCUACUUGGAGUUUGCACUCCACCUUCCCAUCAAGAAUGGUGGAGAAAAGAACUACCUCCAGCGCAUAUUUGAUAAACGGCUCAUCGGCUUUGUAUACGCUUUUCAGAUUGUGUUACUCGGAUUCAGCUCUGGAAACUCCUAUGCUUUUGGAAAAUACAUUCUAUAUUCGAUAAAUGGCGACUUGGGAAACGAGAGCCUGUUGAACAACUUCUACGUCAAAGCAAUCGGAGUUCUUUGCAUAUCUUACUGUACCUAUUUGCAUAUUUUCCACCAUCACCAGUCCAACAUCUUUUUCAUUUUCUUGGGAGUGUCCAAGAUCUUGAUUCUAUUGUUGAUCAUCGUUUGUGGAGCAUUGGUGUUUGUGGGAGCCAUUGACUUGCCACAAACCCACAACUUUUCACACAUGUUUGUGCUGGACCUGCCUCCCAACUACUACUCGAUUUCGGUCGCAUUGCUUGAAAUCAUCUAUUCCUUCAAAGGUUGGGAAAACGUCAACUACGUGCUCAGCGAGACCCGUGAUCCAUACAAGGUGUUGACGCGCCUGGCACCGUUGGCGGUUCUCAUUACCACCGUGCUAUACUUUCUUGUCAUUUUAAGUUACCUCGUGGUGAUUCCCAAACAGGAAAUCAUGUCGAGCGGUGUACUUAUAGCAGGGAUUUUUUUCAACAAAAUAUUCGGCCAGAACAUCACCUCGCGUGUGUUACCACUUCUCAUAGCCGUGUCCAACUUUGGUAACGUGUUGGUAGUGUCGUACGCCCAUUCGGUGGUUAAUAAAGAGUUAUCAAUUGAGAACUUACUUCCUUUCAGUAAGACGUUCACUCGCUUUUCCAAUGCCUUGCUUCUCCACUGGCUCGUCACGGUUGUGGUACUAGUGCUCCCACCGUCCGCCGAAAUCUAUGAGUUCAUCGUCAACUUGUACAUAUACCCAGGCACAUGGAUAAACAUCUUAUUGACAGGAGGCCUCUUAUACUUGAGGUACUUCGACCCUACUUGGUCCGCCGAACACAGCGAGUUCGACCACUUACUUGCACCAAAGACCACGCGGCGUAUCAGCACUCCGGUGAUACUUAUAUUGGUAUUUUUGGCAGCCAAUUUGUUCAUGGCUCUCUUUCCGUUUUUGCAGCCACCCAACUAUACCCUGCAAAUACCGUAUUGGUGCUUCCCGGUACUUGGAACAGGCCUGCUUGUUCUUGGGGCUAUAUACUACCUCUUUACCGAACGGAUACGGUGGUAGCUGUAAUUGCCAUCAUCCUUUCAUCUUUAUAGACUUUACAAUAUACUACUCCACCAA